AUGGUCGAACUCGCACUGCCGCGCGGCGCGCACACAAUCCUCGAUCUUGAUAUCAACGGCCUUUACAUCCUUCUCUCGGAGCAGGGCCUCGCGUACCGCUGGCACUGGGGCCUGUACCUUCACAAGGAGAAGGAGCGCGGCUACGCGCUGCACAUUACUUGGCCGAGCGACGCCGUGCUGGCGGUGCCCGUGGACGACGCUGCCGACGCCAACGCCGCCGCUGCCAGGGAGCGCUGGGGGCCGCUGACUUGCCGCACCUGGCUGCUGCGCACCCUGUCGGAGCUCCAUGACGAGGGCUAUAUCAGCAUUAAGCCGGCGGCGACGGUCGAGGAGGUGGAGGAGGAGGCGCUGAGUUUGGCGGGGUCCAACGCGGCCGACGUGCAGGGCGGCAAGCAGCUGGGUGCGAAGGACAAGGUCUACCGCAGCGUCUAUUCUGUGGCGUAG